CCUCCUCCUCCCUGGGCGAUGCAGGGGAAUGGGGAGCAGCAGUUGUGUUUGGUCUGUAAUGGCUCCUCUUUGCAGCCCCUUCCUCCUCAUGCUCUUCCCUGCUCCUGUGUGGGUCCUCUCCAAGCACUGCAGUCCCUCACAGAAUAUGUGCCUGCUAGGAGCACCUCCUCCACUCCUUCUUCGCUGACCUUGGUGCCCUUGUGGCUGUUCUUGCUUUUGUAAAUUUUAAUUUCCUCACUCCUCACUUUGCCUGACUUUUUCACCCUCUCCGAAAUGCUUUCCCAAAGCUCCAUUUGUCCUGCUGUGGGGCUGUUGGAGCCAGUUGGAACCAGCCAUGACCAGCAGCGCGGGGAUGUGCUGGCCACCACCCACCGAGCUCCCCACAGCUCCCACUGCCAGCAUCCGGACAUGUGUGGGUGGUAAAGGGAAGAGAUAACCAUACAGGAGGGUGGUAAAAGCUUGGCAAAAGUGGCAUGGCCUGGGGUGGCAUGGCAUGGCAUAGUAUGGCCGUGAGGGAGGAGCAGCCAUGCUGGCAGUUGUGGAGGCCAUGGGCCAGAGGAAGGAAGCAGGAUGACCUUCUUCCAGCAGCAACGCAGGGCUGGACAAGGAAAACAGUCUGUGAAACAAAACAAGUGUAUGUGUAGUAUCAUUUAAAUCACCUAGCUAAGUCACUGUGGGGUUGACAUCAUACUCUCACUGUCAGAGGAAUUGUGCAGCAGGAAACCUGUGCUGUGACAGCCUCCUUCUCUGGUAAGUACAACAUAAGAUUCUGGAGAAGCUCCUUUCUCUCUUGUGGUCUACUCUGAACUGAGCAUAUCCCCUUCAGAACUGCAGUUUUUCAGAAGAUAAUCGGCUGAAAGCCUUCAGAAACACCCUCCCCACUCCAAUCAGCCCGCCCGCUCAUUUUUGGAGCAUUACAAAAAGAACUGCAGCUAGAACCACAGUGUCACCUUCUGAGUAACCAAAUGAGUGAUCACAUGGAAGCAAAUGACAAGAAAAGCAACUCUGGCCAGGAAACAUCUGCAGAAGGAAAUGUCUCUCCUGCUAAGGACUCCACAAUAACCCAAAAACAAUUGCAACAAAUUGAGAGACAACUAAAAUGUUUAGCUUUCCAAAAUCCAGGACCUCAGGUAGCUGACUUCAAUCCUGAAACUAGAGAGCAGAAAAAAAAAGCGCGCAUGUCACAGAUGAAACAAGAUUUUUUUUAUAAGCCCAAAAUUAUGAAGAAGUAUGACAAACAUGGCCGGCUCCUUUGUAAUAACAUUGAUUUGUGUGACUGCCUGGAGAAGAACUGCCUGGGUUGCUUCUAUCCUUGCCCCAAAUGCAAUUCAAAUAAAUGUGGACCAGAAUGUCGCUGCAAUAGGAAAUGGGUUUAUGAUACAAUUGAGACUGAAGCUGGGAAUGUGAUCAGUGCUUUCCCAUUUUUUAUCAAUGACUGAUUUUGUUCUGAUAGCUUUUGUGCCUGAGCAAAGUUCUCAUUUCUUCACAUUCUAUUAAAGUAUAUCUUGACUUUUUGAAUUGUCUCUAGUGAAAUAUCUGGCAGUGGUGUUUGUGCUUCUUUAUUGCUGCCUACCCAUCAUACUUUAACCUUUCGCAUUAAAUAAAAAUAUGCAUUUCAUUCUUCCACAGCCAUGUGAGCUUUACCGAGGCACCUAGUGAGUUCUUUCUGAAUCCUGACUUUCUUAAAAUGAAGGUGUGUCGACUGCUGUGGGCAGACAAUUUUCUUACCCUGGGGAGCAGAACAACAUUUCUUGUAACCAUUUUUUUUUCUUGCCGAUCUCUCUGCUUGUGCAUUUACUCAGAUACGUGACACAUCCUUUUGUGAACACUUAUCCAGGUGCCUUUCCCUUCUGAUGCAUUCAUGUCUUGUAUAGAUGAAGUGGGAGUUAUUUGAGCUAACACUGUCUUCUAAAACUAGGUCACCACCUUCUGUGUCACCCAGUUUAUAAAGAGGAGGAGAGUGGAAACUAUUUUGCAGCUGUUUCUUGCUGUGUCCGGACUACAAGACUGAAACCAACAUGUUUGGUCAGCAUUUUUUUCCCCUCACCAGCAUAUGGUGCACUCUCCUCGAUCAGUCAUUAAUUAUAGCUCACACUGGAAGUAAAUGGAUUAGAUAUUUUUGCCUCUGGGCAGAAAAAGCCUCUUCAGUUCCAGGAGUCUUCUCCUUGCUACAAGACAUUACAGAUUUCAAAUACCACAACAGACACCCUGUCUUCUUAGGAGGUAGCUAUUUUCAUUCAUAAUGGGCACUCAGGGUCUCUUUCACCAUUUUUAAGGAGUGAGGAUCCCUCACUUAAGGAGUGAGGAUCUUGAAUGAUGCAGGUUGCCCCAGGCCAUCUCAAAUUGCAUACUGCUAGGUGGGGGAAUCAUUCUCUGGGCCCACUGCUUGUUUUUCCUGAAGCUGCCCUCUAAAUUUUGGAUUUGGUAACAUCUUUCUUCCCUAAAAGAGGCUGUUGUCUGUGGACAGAGGCCUCCUGCUCCAAGGUACAGGUAUCUCCCUGUAGAAGAAAAUUCCUGGAUCAGACCCCAAAAAUACCUUAACAUCAGUCUACUUCUGAGUUGAUACCUCAGAAAGAUUUUUUGUCCCUUGCAGAUAAUGACACUUUAAUACUUAAGCUUGUAGCAUAAAAAGACACAGUACCAAGAAACUUAAUAGUUAUAUCUGCUAUGGUGGUUAAAACACUCUAUAUUUGGCACCCAAAUCUGAUCCUGUUACCUCAGAUACCUCCCUGGUCCCAAAGUAUCCUUUGAGCUGUACUAGGAGUCCAAGAAGUCCAUGACUACCUCUGAACUAUAUUCCUUUAUGGUAGGUGGAAAUCUUGCCAAUAUAUUCAGGUAUGUCAAUGAUUUCUUGUUCUAGGUGUGCCAAAAAGUCCUUCUGAACUUGACAGAAGAAGCAGCUGAAGAACAUAAAGAUGACAGGAAGAUGUCAGACUUUCUUUAGAAUAAUAUGGACAAAUUUGAAUGAGCUUUUAAUUCUUUCCAGUUAGAGGCAAAACAAAACAAAACAAAACGUUUCUCAAGUGAAUUCCUGUGGUAAAGUUACAUUUUAAAUUAUAUGUGUAAUGUGAUUAAACCCCACAUGUAAG